UUGAUGCGAGAUUAGCAUGAUCCUGUCAUCUUCUCUGCAGGUCAUUGUAAUCCCUUAGCUUCAAUCAUCCAACAGAGCUUCGUCCCAUGUGAGGUUUAAUCUCUCAACAGCAUGGCGCUUCUGCAAACCUCCCUUAUUUGGGUCAUGUAUGCAAUUGUGAUAGCAAUUCUGGUUGCAGUGGCCUCUGUAUUCGUAUAUGUUUAUCAAACUCCUCGGGAUCGCUCUCAGUCUGUGACUUUGACUUGUAUCGUUGCUAUCACCACCCUUCUGGCGACUGCUCUCCUGGUACCAGUUGAUGUUGCUCUAGUCUCCUCUACGACUUCUCCGGCUUUGGGCAGGCGAAAGGACUGGGCUACUCAAAAUGAAAUAGAUAGGAUACUGUACUCCCUGAAAAUCGUGUAUUACUUCCUAUACUCUAUGGACGCCCUUUUCUGCUUACUUGUGAUACCCUUUAUCUAUUUUUGGUAUGAAGAGUAUGACGAAGUCGCUUCCGAAACAGGAGAACAGACGCUCGGGCAGAGGCUCUGGGCUGCCUUCAAAUACACCAUCUCUUUCAUUGCGAUAGUGGUGGUGUUGUUUCUCGUUGGGUUCUUCGUGCCUGUUGCGAAAGAUGCGAAAGAUGGCGGUCUGGAUUUCUUCAAAAACCUACUGACCGAAAACCGUGGCGAGCGCGCCCUUACAUUUGCGCUUGGGUUGCUGAUAGCCAUUGGCCUGUGCUUAUACGUCUUGUAUACUUCUACGGGCCUAGCUCUCCUCCCUAUUAGCUUAGUCAAGGCGGGCCCGUCGGUUUCAAGCCCGACAUUAAAAGCGACUACAGCUGUGCAACUUGAUUCUAACCGAGAGCGACAGCGCCAGCUAGAGGGCCGCUGUGGAGGAAAUCCAGGGCUUUUAUCUUCUAAAGACCGUAGAGAGUUGGAUACUCUUGUCAGGGAAGAACGAACGCUUAUUCGUCGACAACGCUUAGCAGAUGAAGCGCGGUGUGAAGGUCAGAGCCGGUUGAUGAGAGCAUGGCUAAAAGUGGAUGCUAUAUUCCGUCCACUUCAGUUCAUAUUCGGGAUCACUCUUUCCGUAGUCGCUCUUAUCAUAUGGAUAUCUAUGCUGUUGACCGCGAUUGACAAGGCAAGCAACUCACUAUGCAAACACCGGUGCGGAUACAUCCUUGGACAUAUCAAUGUCUUCAACCCCAUCAAUUGGGUCCUUGUUCAAUCCGCGAAAGUAUUUCCAGUUGACUAUGCCAUUUUCACUAUUCUUGUCUUGCUUCUUUUCAGCAGCUCUGUCAUUGGUAUUACUGCAGUUGGUAUUCGAUUUCUCUGGAUCAGAAUCUUCCAAAUCCGAAAAGGCCAUACGUCGCCGCAAGCUCUCCUAUUAGCCACGGCCAUAUUGAUGUUGAUCAUACUAGCCUUGAACUACUCGACGACGAUGAUGAUUGCUCCUCAAUAUGCGACUUAUGGACGACAGACAUUCUGUGAUCGAAAGCUUGGUUUUUCUGAACAACAACCGGAUUGUUCGAAUGCUCAACACCUUGUUAAGCCAUGCUCUGAGCUAGCAGAUAAUUUGGUUGCGCAGCAAGUCUGCACACCAAGUGUUGCCAGUACAUUCCUCAACCGUGUCGCGAUAAAUUUUCCCUUUUUCGGUGCCAUUUUCUUCUGGGGGCAGUUCGCCUUUUUAGGGAUCUAUGUACUUGUGCUGGUUACUGCCCUUCUGCGCUCUCCAAAAUUAGACGAGCGACAACUUGACGAAGAUGUUGAAGAGGCCGAAGAAGAAAGCUUACUAGCAAGCGCUAGAGGGCAGAUUGAAACAACCUAGAAGAGCAUUUCUGUUUAGUCCAGAAGGCAAAAUGAGGCUGGGUGUGCCUAAACUUGACAUUGCUCGGUUUUCUUUUUCUUUCUAUCCCACUUUUCGUCGGCCGUGUGUGUGUGUGUGUGUGUUAUGGUUGGGCUUUGCUGUAUGUCAUCAUGUAUGGCGUUGGGUUAUAACAUCAGGGAUUAUGAGAUGAACUCUAGGUAUUGUUUUUAUCAUUCAUUGGCUGGUACAGACCCUGUAAUGUGGAGAAGAAGAAUAGAAAGGAAGUUAACACAGGUAGCCACUGCAUUCAAGCUU